UUUGUGCUUGUUGUUUGUGUUUUGGUUUGUGCAGUGGCAAAACGACGAUGGUUGCUGUUGCUGUUGUUGGGAGGGCAAAGGCAGCGAUGCUGCUGCUGAUGCGAUCUGCUGCUGUGCGACGAGGUGGUGGUGAUGGUGGUGGUUAUGGAGGCGGUCGCGGCGGGUUGGUGCGAUUGCUGUCGCCGUUGAUGCUGUGCCAUCGAUGCAGCAGCCAGACAGCACCAGCCAUGGCGACGACAUUGCAGCCCGGUGCAUUGUGCAAGCAACCAUGCAACAAGAGUAGUAGCAAAGAGGUAGAGAAGUGGCACGUGGACAAAGGCGCGGAUGCGAAGAGAAUAUGGCCGGUUACGUUGCCUGCUGGCCUUUGCGCAGGCGCAAUGACAGGCAUGCCAGCAGUGGCGCUGUGUGCGGCAGGGGGUACCCCCAUCACAACGGCAACUGUCACGACCGCUGCCGGUUUUACCAUUCCAACAGCGCUCCUCACAUUACUGCAGGUCUCUGGGCCAGCCUUCUUUCUCUCCCUCCAGCUCUCAGGGAGUGUGGCCACGCGACAAAUCAUCAAGGAGAAGUCGGUGGGCAAGCUGAGCAUCCUGCCAUCGCUCUCGCUGUUCACAAACUGCGUCAUCUGGACGUGGUACGGGCACCUGAUUGGUGACAUGACGGUGAUGCUGCCCAACGUGAGCGGCGCCAUCUUCGGUGCGGCGUACACGGCCGUGUACCUCAAGUACACAACGCAGUCGCAGGCCAAGCUGCUUGCAGGCUCAUCUGCCAUCAUCGCCGCCGUCACAGGCGCUGCCCUGGCGUUGCCGACAGAGCAAGUCGUGCCGUAUAUUGGCCUGACCGGUGACGUGCUUGCUGUCAUCCUCAUGGCGUCGCCGCUCGCCACCAUUCGCACCGUGCUCGCGGAGAAGUCCACCAAGGCCAUGCCGUUUGCAACAUCCCUGGCGACGUUCUUCAAUGGCGCGUGCUGGAGCGGAUAUGGGUUUGUGGUGAUGGGCGACCCGCUGAUCUGGGUGCCCAAUGCCCUCGGCUUCCUUGCUGCCUCCGUGCAGAUGACCAUGUUCAUGCGAUUUGGCAUCCACCGCGGCGACUAGGCCACCAAGUGGGCAUGCGUAUGCACCCAGAAUGGUGGCGGCGGUGGUGGUAGUGUUUGCAGGUAGUGGUGAUUUGAGAUGUGUGUGUGUGUGUGUGUGUGUGUGUGUGUCCGUGUGUUUUGUUGCAUGAAAUGGUGGUUUGCUGCGUUGCAUUAUGUCAAGUGUUAAGUGUGUACUCUGUGAUGUGACACCCGAACUCCUACUGUCCCCGCUCCUUCGCACACAACGCAAAUGUGGCACCAAGUUGCAAGGGCCUUCGCGUCGUUUCACGCCAUGCAACGUGCUAUCAUGGCUUGAUUGGAUUGAAGACUGGCUGUUCCCGAGUCGAAAUGUUACACGAGACACUAUGACACUGAGAAGCAAUGUUCCCGAGUCGAAAUGUUACAC